CGCAAUGAUCGCGAACAGUGGUGAGUAGCGAAAGCAAGAGAGAUGGAAAAGGCAGCGGCAAUAGGUAAUAGCAGACAAUUGUUUAGACUCGUUAAGGAAACCGGAAUCAGGAACCCGACCGUUAGCGAAACAAUCUCAGAGAAAGAUGGACAUAUUAUUCAUUCUCAAUCCAGGAGAUUGGAUCGAUGGGCAGAACACUUUAGGGAUCAGUUCAACUGGCCUUCAGCCACACUUCGGUUUCCCACGAUCUCCAGUCAACCUGAAUGGCAAGUUAAUGUAAGUCCUCCGUCCCUUUACGAAGUUGAAAAAGCCAUAGAAAAUCUGAAACGAGGGAGAGCAGCAGGCCCUGACAGGUUUACUCCUGAGAUUUUUAAGGAUGGUGGUCCAGUAUUAGCAAUGAGAUUAACCGAGGUCUUAGGCAGAAUUUGGGAACUGGACGUAAUCCCAUCUGACUGGUCUCAAUCACUGAUUGUGCCAGUUUUUAAGAAAGGAUAAAAGUCCUCUUGUG